CGACAUGAGUAGAAUUUUGCAAAUUGAAUCUGCGAUACUCUAGAAGGUGCUAGUAUAAUGUGACUUCAUGCAUCAAAGUACAUACACUUGUCGGAUGGAUAUCACACAAACUAGGCAUUACUAUUAAGCUCCAGUGACUAUGCAUCCGGCGGAAAGGGGUCGGAGGUUGAUAGACAAGCUGCUCGAAAGCAGAGAUGAGCAGGUGCUGGAACUCCUGGAUGUUGAGCCGGGAAAUAUCGACUUCUCCCUUGACAAUAGGGGAGAUAACCCUAUUCAUCUUGCUGCCAGAAGGGGAAAACUAGAAAUCAUCAAGAAAAUGGUUCAGGCUGGCGCAAAUGUCGAUCAACAAAACCAGGCUGGCGGGAAUACGGCAAUGCACUAUGCGGCGAAGUACGGAUAUUUAGACGUUGUACGGUAUCUACAGUCGGAAGGGGCUGAUCUAAAUCCCUACAAUAGCGAAGGUGAGACCCCUCUCCACAAAGCUGUUCAAGGUCAGCCAAUGGAAGUCAUUGAGACGCUUGUUGAGCUAGGAAUGGAUAAAAACAUUGCUAACAAGGUAAAUGGCGACACACCUUUGCACACGGCAAUGCAGGUUGGAGCACAGGAAUCGAUGGAAGCAUUGCUGAUCGUGGGAGCAAAAACAAACGUGCUUAAUAGAGACGGUAAGAAAGCUGAAGGGGUUGCAAGGGACAAUGUGAUUAAAGACAGUCUUCAGGUUUAUGCGACCUUGUUACUGGCUAUGGAUUCAGGGUACGUUAUGGCAAAAGGAAUGAAACUUACAAAGAGAAUGGUUUCGAGGCCAUAUAGAGUUGAUCGAGUGGGGGUUGUUAUUGAUCACAUUGACUUGCCAGGCAGGUUCCCCACUGGGUUUUAUUGUCGAAGGGAAAGGGCUGAAAGUGCAACAGUUACUCUUCAAGAUCACACAGAGGAGUCAAUUUUCAGCGAUGUCUUUCACAUUCGUAUUUAUGAUGUCAACAGAGACUGUCAUGCCAAGUUUUAUCUGCCUAUUUAUAAAUUGCCAAGUGACAAAGAAGAGAUGCUGAUAAGGUUCAUAAACUGUAGUUUCAAACCCAAGAGGGUAGAUGCAAUGCAAAUAGAAGAGGCCAGUAACGACUCGAACGAUACUGUAUGUACAAAUUAUUGCCCUUUGGAAGUCGACCUGAUUCCGGAGACUACUUGUAUAUGUGCAGUCUACGUUCGUGCGAAAAGGGAAACGUGUUGCAUUGGAGAAGACAAGACUUUGAUACAGUCUGAAAUGGAUGAGCAUUUCUCCCUGGACAUCCCGAAAGGGGCAUUCGAAGAAGAAACUUCAUUGAGUCUGAAGGUGUACGAGACAAAUACAGAGGAUGAUAUGGUUCACGUUUCUGAAAAUCAAGUUGCUAAAGAGGAGCCUUUAGCUGAAAAUGAAGAGAGUAUUGGACUGGAAGAUAUGAAACUAGAACACUCACCAGAAACUGACAGCAUAGAAGAAAACACAGAACCAAUCAUUUACCAAAGAGACACUUAUAAUGAUGAAGAGAAUGAACACAAUGAGUCAGUUCAAACAUUGAUCGGCGAAGAACACGUCAGCGAACAGAAGAUUGCGGACACCAAGCCGAAAGAUAUUCUUGUUUCUGUCAAUGCAAAUAUUCUUACUGAUGUGUAUCAAAUAAAUAUAGAUGGAAACCAACCAAAGAAAGGAAUCACUUUGCAAAUACCCAUGGACAGAGAACUUGAAGGUGAUGAUGAGCUAGUUAUUGCAACUUUAAAUGAAAGGUCUCUUUCUAAUGAGGAGGAUGCCCUUGAAAUCAUAGACGUGCCACCACAGACAAUCUCAGGGAGCCUGAUCGUUGAAAUAUCUCACUUCAGCAUUUUUGUUGCCACAUGGAAGCGGAAGGUUGAGGCAGAAACAGACAAGCUGGAACUACACAAACAAAUCUGCGAUACAUUAAAGAAGAAGAAACCUGCGUCCUUCUUCGCUGUUGUCAAAAAGGAUAUUGAGGAUGAUCAAGGUUUAAAACAUGUCAUGAUAGUUGAAUGCAAUGUAGCCAGUAAAAGCCAGAAGAGGUUAGAUUCGUGGGUCGAGAAGGGUUUCGCAGCUCAGAACCCAAUGGAAACUGGCUCCUUUAUGAUGUGCCCCUCAGAUACGUUUUACGUUACGGUUGAGGGAAAUGCAAGUCUGGAGAACUCGGAUGGGAGAGAAAGAAAGAUACAAUUCUUUCCAUGUAGAAAUAGCUUUCAACCGUACACUCUUACCCUUAAUCAAGGCAUAUAUGAUCCAGACGAGGCUUACUGCCAUGUCAUAAUAUCGCAGAAAAAGGGUAUUGAAACGGAGGAGGUAACUCGCCUACGGGUUAAGAUGACCCCUCCACCAAAACCACCAUCGCCAAGACCUCCGUCACCAAUCAUAUCGCCAAUUCCGCCACCAACACCGUCUCCCCCACCGUCUCCCCCUCCUACGCCCACACUGGUGCUACCGAUGCCAACGCCGCGAUCUGCUACCAGACGCAGACGUCCUAAAACGGCGUCAUCCGUUAGUUCCUCCAGAAGUACUGAUUCACAGAGGCGACCAAAAAGCAGGAUGGAAGUGAAAAAGCGUAUCAGAGGUGUUCUAGAUCGACAAACUGAUCCAGAAAAAGUUUUCGGUGUACCGAAUAAUCUACCAGAUAUUGACGUUUGAUAGAGGAAACAAUGAACUAUAACUUACAUUUGAAUAUAUAUGCCGACACAAUGUACAAACACAUUUUGUGAACUUUCGGUUUAAUCUGAGUUAAGUGUUGUAAUAUUUUAUGUUGUCAAUGCUUUAAUAAUUCAUUUUAAAAAUUCCAUGUAAUACUUUGUAUUGAUAUAUAAUUAUCAUAUGUAUAUUUGCACUGACAAGGUAUGCUUUCUUCAGAAUAAAUGAUACAAUUAA